AUGCUUAAAUUCUUGAUCCUCGCGGUUGUGGCUGUUGCCAUCGCCGAAUCUCACGAAGGACCCUGCCCAGAGGUCAAGCCGGUUGAGAAUUUCAACCUGACAGCCUACCAAGGGGUUUGGUAUGAAAUUUCAAAGCUGCCAAUCGCUUCUGAGGGCAAGGGUGCUUGUAGCCAGGCUGAGUACACAGUAGACGGUGACAUCGUCAAAGUAAAGAACACCCAUGUUAUUGAUGGAGAGCAGAAGUACAUCGAAGGAACUGCCAGAUAUGCUGAUGAUGCUAACAACGCUGCCAAGUUCGUCGUUUCCUUCAAAUUCGGAGAUUUCGUUUCUCAAUCUCCUCUGCUGAUCCUGAAAACCGACUUCAACAGCUACUCCGUUGCCUACAACUGCAAGUAUGAUGAGAAGACCAACUCACACAAAGAACAAGCCUGGAUCCUGUCAAGGACGAAGACCCUGGAAGGUGAACCCAAGACCAUCGUUGACAACUUCUUGAAGGAAAACCCCAAACUGAUUGAUGUCAGCGAACUUGUCCACACCGACUUCUCUGAGGAGGCUUGCAAGUACACUGACUCCAGCGUCAUGACUGAACAAACAGCCAAGCCCUAA